AUGAAUGUCAAUGAACCGCAAGAUAUGUCCAUACGAGGUAGCGAAUCACCGUCUCCAUCGGACUCACCUACAAUGCGACAGUCGCCAUCAAUGCCGGAACAAGAUGCACUAUCCACAGGCACAAUGGCACAAAUGUUCUUACAAUUAAUGCAACAAUUUCAGCAUCAAAUGAUGCAACCACAGGAAACAAAAUCGCUCUCUCUGCCGGAGAGCAAAGAACUUGAAUCUCUCCUACGAAAAACAAUUCUAGAUCAUGUGCCAAACAAAACUGCGAAGAUUGCAAUCCACGGAGAGUUGAAAAUCACCGUUGAUUCGGACCCUCCUGUCACAGUUAAAAUCAAUACACCUCCAACUACAACAUCCAAACGCAAGUCCUUUACUCCCGUUCGAAUCCUCCCAGCUGUCCAGCCCUCCCCAGACUAUACAAGUAUGGAUUCAGGAGUACUGGAUCUCUCCUGCUCAGGCUCAGUACAUUCAAAUGAAUCUUCUCCAAUCACACCUCUCAAAAUGGAUUUCCCAAGCAUGCUGAACACCCAACAUGGCAAUCUCGAUUCGCCUGGCAAAAUGAAGUCGCCAGCAAAGCGUAGAUUCACUGGAGGUCGUAGGAAUUUCCCCUGUAACCAGUGCAACGAGGUAGAGUUUCAUUCUCUUCAACAAUUGGAAGAGCACACCAUGCAAGUCCAUGGAAGUUAUCGCUGCCAUGUCUGCAGUCGCACCUUCACUCAACGUUCUAAUCUCCAACGUCAUGCUCUCAAGCAUGUGGGUUUCAAACCAUUCCGAUGUGGCGUUUGUCUGCAGGGUUAUUAUCGCAAGGACCACUUGAUGAGGCACAUGGAAGUGAAUCACCCUACUGUCAACCCCCUUGAGAACAUCCAAGUUUUUCUCACUUCUUCCCAGAGUCUUGACUAUCUCAAUACUGCUCAAUCUGUCCUCAACAGUCCUUCUCCCCCUAGUCUGGUUAAGCCCGAGCAGUCAUUAUGCAGUGAGAACACUGAACAGCAAAAUAGUCCUCUGAAUUGA